CGAUAGCGUUACUGAAGGCAUGGUUCGAUCCGCCCUUGAAACCUGCCUUCAAGAUAUGGAAUCCAACGACAGUAUAGUUAUGUAUGUUUUAUGCUCAAUUAUAGUUCUCUUGUUGGCAAACUUGGAGCUUCAGAUGUAUCUUCAGCCCUUAAUUCUAUUGUAAAGACCCUUAAUGAAACACAGGCAAAGAGCAUCUAUACCCUUUGUAUUUGGUGUCUAGCGAUGCAACGAGUAAGCAAGCGUAUUUUGGAUCCCCAUGUUCCUUUAAUCACAAAAGCUGCCAUAUCGGCCUUAAAUCCGCGGUUGAAAUCGGCCAAAGCUCAAAUGGAGGCGCUCACAGCUUUGGAUAUCAUAUUUACACAAGAUACAAGUAGAUGGGCUACGUGGGCGAGCUGUUGCUUCAUCACUAUUGUGCAGUGCUUGACUCAUUCAAUAUCUCCGUUGAGAAGGAAAGCAGCCGUCAUUUUGACAAAAAUGUUGCCGAAAAUCUGGGGUGAACCUACCAUAUUGAACUCUUCCAUUCAGGUCUUUUUGAGAGAUCAUGCAGUAAAAUUCACUGAGGAGAUGACGAGGCUUAUAGAGGAAGUUCCGGAAGACCAUGACAUUAUGCAAAUAUGGGCACUGAUGAUUAUGGUCAUGGGCACCAACUUGCAUCGAAGCCGAUAUCUGAAUGGCAUGAUUAGAGUUGCCGAGAAAAGUUUCCAAUGUCGGAGGAGCGAUUCAAAUAUCAACACUUUCAAGGCAUGGAGCUCCCUCAUCUACAAUUUUAAGUUGAACAACCAUAUCUUACACGAAAGUCGCUUGAAAUUAGUCAAACUUCCAUUGGAGGCAGGGUUGAAGGAGGAAAAGCAUGUAUCAGUGAGAAUUGCAGCCACGAGGACAUGGAUAUCGCUUGUCUACGCCUGCAACGAAGACUUCACUCAAGCUUUUGUGUUCAAUGCUGUUGUUCGAGAUUUUGUAUCACUGAUUUCCAAAGACAAAUCGCCGGUGGUGUUGGAUAUGCUCUUUAACACCCUUGCUGCUUUGAUGGGAGGACACAAUCGAAAAGUUAACCGGAUGUCGCUCGUCAAUGUGUUCUUCCGUGGAAUGGACCUCCAAGCAACUGAUGUACUACCUAUAUCACCCAAUCUCAUUCGCGACCAUCAACAAGUUAUUAUAGAGGCUCUGAAAGCUGGCGUUGGGCAUGCUGUUGUCAAACUGGACAACCGAUCUGAUUUGACAAUUAAGAAAUCAUAUAUGGAAACCUGGCAGGCUUUGAUACGCACUUACCGUACCUUCUACCAAAAGGAGAUCCGUCCAUCUAGCGCGUACAUUGAUGCCAUCCAUACAUGUUUGGAAUUCUUAGCAUAUGUUAUCCUAGGAGCAGACAACAGUCGAUCAGUAGGAUUCAAAGACAGGCUCUUUAUUUUCAAACAUCUUCUCAAGGCAAUGAUGGACAUAUUAUCCCCAGAUUUCCUUACACUUCGAUCUUUUGAGCUGUCUCUAAGCGAAGAGUUUUUUGAUAAUAAUGAUGUGGCCCAAUCUUUCAAGCGGACAAAGUUUGUGCCAAUAGUGUACUGUCUUUCUAUUUUUGUAGCUAGAAUAAGUUCUCAUCCACAAGAAGCUUACGAGGAAUAUGUUGAAACCAUUUGCGAGCUGUCCGGAGCUUGUCGGCAAUCUUCAGAAAGCUUUUUGGACUUUAUUACUCUGAUUGAGUCCGACUUUGUCCCCAUUUAUCCCACCACCUCUCCAGAACAAAACCUUCGUGAAGCACUGCUUUUGAAACUCAAAAUGGCAUCUUCUUGUAUUCGUCACGAGCUAGGAUCCCUGCACGGUGCCAAAUGUUCGCUGUCUGAAACGGAAGAAAUCAAACAGGCACUCGCGAGACUGCUGUGUUAUCCAUUAAGGCCCAUAUCCCAGCACUCAGAACUGUACAGUUACAUACUACUUUGUAAACAUAGCGAAAAAAUUAUGUGCAACUGGUUGGGUCUUUUCAACUCGAUUGCUAAUCUUAUGCCAAACUGCUUGACGGACAUUGCUCGACACCUGCGCACCAACAUUGAUCGAAUUCUGUAUACAGAUGACACCACUAAAAUUUCAUCCAGUGUCAUCUCUUGGCUUGAUUUCUGUAUGGGACAGCUCGCACAGAUAAGUCCUGAUCGAUCAAAUGGAUCUGUAGUGAAACCGGAUGUGCAACUCGACCCUGCCAAUAGGCCCAGUAUACUGUUGGCAAUGUUACCAGUGCAAGAGCAGGUUGCGAAGACCAUUCAAUUUGAGCUGGAUCCAUAUGAACGCCUUCCAGAGCUGGCAGCUGCACUGAAUCACUAUCUCUCUAAUGUACUGAAGUGCAUGUCGUUAACCAACAUUGAUGUCAAGACACGGGUGGCGGUGGCCAUACGGCAUUUAUCUUGCUUUCAAAAGGCUUUAUGCGAUAGUGAGACCACUGUACCCGAUGGAAUCAAACUAUACGUGAUUGAUUUCAUGUCGUCAAUCAUGGCCCUACUUGAGCAAUGGCCAGUUGAUGAUCAAACAGUAGAGAGUUGGGCUCAGUGCACAUCAAAUCUAAUCUGUUCCCAAGAUGCAGCUAUCUCCCGCCCCUUCAUAGAGAAGGUGAAGCAAAUCAAACGACAAAGGUCAUGCCAAGCUGUCCUUGAAAGCGCAUCAUUUGCCAGCAUUUUCGAAACCAUAACACAAGGGGAAAGGAAUAUCAAGAGUGGACAUUCAUCCCCCACGAGACAGAAUCGAAGACAUUCAAACACUUCAAGUCUAUCGUCGACUUCGUCACCAGAGAGUGGACCCAAACUUUCACAGUCAGAUGCCAGCAACACAUCGUCCGCCACAGACAAUUCUAGCAAUUCGGAACACAUGUUGGCUGGUACUACAUUGCAAAAUGUAGACUCCUUAAAUGCGUCCCAACAAGCAGAUCAAUUUCCUAGCACGACUAGCAUAUCACAGGAAAAGACCUUUUCAAACGCCAGUCUAGAACAGAUGGCUCUCGAUACGCCGCCCACACGAGCUGAUGUGGUGAUGAAUAUCCCACCUCACGGCGAUAAUGGUACUAGUCGUAUAAUGGAAAAUACAGAAAAUGGCAUCCCACCAGAUGUUGAUACAAUGAGCACGCUUGCUAGCAAUAUAAUGUCACCUCAACGCCAGAACGGUCGCUCAACUGACGAGCAAGUUACACGUACUAAAAGAACUCCCUCGAAGAAAACACUGGGCUCCAAGGACACCAAAACCUUACCUCGUGGUAACAUAGUCAACCGCUCUAGUGCCAAGGCAGCCACAACACCAAACAACAAGCGCACAUGGAAUAAUGUCAAUGAAGAUGUCGCUGUUGUGGACUUGACCGCUAGCCCCAAAAAGCGAACGAAAUCGGAUGAAGAUGAUAAGUCGGAUGAAUCAGCAGCAUGCUCUCCAAAGCCAAGCAAUGGUGCACAAGCAGAUAAUGCGUCUCAAGGUGCUCAAGUGCUGCCAGUCGCUUCGCUACUUGAAAAAGCACUUGAAGGCCGGUGCGAGUUAGAGCAAAUGAACGUCAGUGAUCUACUAUCAUGUCAGAGAGUCUUGAACCAACUUAAUACCAUGAUUACGGAAUCCUUGACAAAAUCCAUCCAGUAAAUACAUCCAGUAAAUACAUCCACCUUGUACAAAUAUACAAUAAAAAUACCCCCUGGCUGAAGGAAACUUAAAUACGCCUUAAAGAUCAGUCAAAAAUUGUUUUUACUUUAUUUCUAAA